AUGGCUAGAACCACAGAUACUUUCAUGAAGAAGACAGAAAGCUACAUGCAAUGGAAUGACACCCACAUGCAGAAAACAGACAAGGCCAUAGAAAAUCAUGUGGGACAAAUUGCCACAGCCUUGAAUCAAAGGGAAGCUGGGAUGAUGCCUAGCCAAACAGUGAUACCAGCUGGGCAUGAUCAUGUUCAAGCAAUUAUCUUGAGAACUGGUAAGGUAAUUGGUGAGGUUGAUAAUUCUACAAGUCUGAUUCAAAAUCAUGAUGAGAUACAGGUUGAGCAAGUGACUGGGACUAAUGAAAAAGAUGAAAUCAACAUGGAGGAAGAUAAACAAGCAGCUUCUUCAUCUGAAUGGAUCCCAAAGGAUGAAAUUGGGAGAAGGGCAAGGAAGGAGAAGGUAUGUCAUGAACAUACUGAUGAAGAUAUCUUACAUGCUCCUUUUCCUCACAGGUUUACGAGUUCCAAGCAAAAUCAACAUGCCAAGGACAUAUUGGAAAUUUUCAUAAAGGUGCAAGUCAACAUUUCUCUCUUGGAUGCAAUUAAGCAAAUUCCAAGGUAUGCAAAGUUCUUGAAGGACCUUUGUACCAACAAGAGGAAAUUCAGAGAUCAUGAAACGAUUGCACUAACGGAAGAGGUUUCUGCUGUUUUGCAAAGGAAGCUUUCUCCUAAGUUACAAGAUCCAGGAAGUUUUUCAAUUCCUUGUAUAAUUGGUGAUAAAUUGUUUGAGAAAGCUUUAAUUGAUUUAGGUGCUUCAAUUAAUUUAAUACCUUAUUUUGUUUGUGAAGCCCUCAAAUUAGGUGAUCUUAAACCAACUUCUGUCAGCAUUCAAUUGGUAGAUCGUUCAGUGAGAUAUCCAAGGGGAAUCCUGGAAGAUGUACUGGUGAAAGUAAAUGAUCUCAUUUUACCAGCUGACUUUUUGGUGCUAGAAAUGGAAGAAGCCCUUAUUCCGGGUGUGGAUCUCCCAUUGAUCCUUGGUCGCCCUUUCAUGGCCACUGCAGGUACUAAGAUUGAUGUUCGACAAGGAACAUUGUCAAUGACAGUUCAAGGGGAAAUGAUAACGUUCAAGGUAUUUGAUGCUUUGCAACUUCCUAAUGAUGAACAUGAAUGCUUUCGUAUUGAUACAUUGGAUCAAAUUGUGCAAACUACUUUCAAUAGAACUCAUGGUACAAAUUCAUUAGAAAAGGUUUUGACACAAAAUCCUCAAGUCAUUGAAAUUGAUGACAAUGAAUUACAUGAGGCUGUGCAAUUCUUUAAUGCAUGUCCAGCCGUGCCACGUAAGUAUACUCCUAACUUUAUACCUUUGCCAGUCAAUACUGAAACGCUUGUUCCUUCUCUUGACAGAGCACCGGAGUUAGAGCUCAAACCAUUGUCAUCCCAUCUGAACUUUGAAAUAUCUCUUGGCAAAGAAGGACGAUGGGUUUUGUUGCUCCAAGAGUUUGAUAUAGAAAUCAGGGAUAAAAAGGGAUGGGAGAAUGUGGUUGCUGACCACCUUAGCCGAUUGAUCACUAACUUCAAUACCGAAGAAGACACUCUUCCUCUUCGUGAAUCCUUUCCUAAUGGGCAACAUUUUGCAUUACAAGUUUCUGACCCAUGUUAUGCUGACAUUAUCAAUUUUCUUGCAACAGGAAAUAUACCCAAGGUCUUAUCAAGAGGGCAAAAAGACAAAUUGCUGAAAACCGCCAAGUCCUAA